AUGUCUCGCUUCAGUUUCGACGCCUCUCCUUCACGCCAUGAAUCACUAUGUUCGGAAAGCCCGAUUGACAUAAAACCCUUUUCUAGGAAUCGCGCACUCUCCAUUCGAUCCAACAAAUCCAAGGGCAGCUCUGGCGCUGGUGCCGGAGCCAAGCGCCCUGGUUUCUCCUUCAACUCACUCCGCGGCCAGGUCCAACCUGAGCUGUCCCGUAAGCUCUUCCGCCUCAUCAAAUCAGAGAACAACCUCAUUGGCGCCCAUGAGACCGCCGGCCGUGAGCGAGUUUCCAUCGCAACCCAGUUAUCUGAAUGGGGUGAGCACACCGGAGAUGACAGUAUUAGUGAUAUUUCGGAUAAAGUGGGAGUUAUCCUAAGUGAAAUGGGCGAGCAGGAGGACGCAUAUGCUCAUGCUCUUGAUGACUCUCGUGCCGAACUCAAGGCUAUUCGAAACACCGAGAAGAGUGUGCAACCCAGCCGCGAAAACAAGGACAAGAUUGCCGACGAGAUCCAGAAGUUGAAGUUGAAGGAGCCUGGCAGCACAAGAUUACCUGUCCUUGAGCAGGAAUUGGUGAGGGCUGAGGCUGAGAACCUGGUGGCCGAGGCUCAAUUGACCAACACCACCCGACAAAAGCUCAAGGAUGCCUAUGUUGCCGAGUUCGCGGCAACCAUCGAGCGUGCCGAAAAGCAGAUCAUCCUAGCCAAACAUGGCCGCCGUCUGUUGGAGCUUCUCGACGUUUCGCCUGUGGUCCCUGGCGAUACACGAGAGCCUUAUCAACACUCCUCCCAGGCACGCCAAAUCCUUAACGAUGCUGAGGAUGAUCUGCGAGACUGGCGACCCGAGGCCGAGGGCUUUUCUACUCCAGUCCAAAGCCGAUCGCCAACCCUCGAGGGAAAGGGAAAGGAGCCUCUGGCCUCGGGAGACAAUUUGUCUCCUGUUCAGUCUGAGGCAGCUACAGUUGAAUCCGACACUUCUCCUUUGGAGCAACGGGGUACCAAGUCCUCUGUCUAUGCUGAGGUCGCUGGCUAA